CAACCCUUGUCUCCUCCCUCCUGCCUGAUUGGCUGCUGCUGGGUUGCUACGAUGACAGGGGCAGGCCAGGACUAGAGGCAGCCACUAGGGAGAGAGAGGGGCGGGGCUUUUGUUUUGGCUCAGAACUGGAGGAGUUGAAGGCGAAAUCUUCUCUUUGAGGAAACUCUGAUCAGAUGCAGCCCAGAGUGGGAGAAAAUGAAAGAGAAAUAAUUCAUGUUGUGGAUGUUAUUUUUUCCCCUUUUUUGGCCAGCCCAUGCCUUCUUCCAGGUGGGUGGAAAGCUGCCCUGCUGGGUUCAUGAAGGUGCCUCAGGAAGGGAAGCUCAUCUGCUGCUACAAUUGUUGUCCAUGUGCAGAAGGAUCCAUCUCCACCACGGAAGAUGCAGACAAAUGUACCAAAUGUCCAGAAGAUCAACAUCCAAACAUCAAUCGACUUCACUGUAUCCCUAAGAUUAAAAAUUAUCUUUCUUAUAAUGAAAAUCUGGGGAUUAUCCUGAUUUUCAUUGCCUUGUUCUUCUCUUUAACCACAGGCUUUGUCUUGUGGAUCUUCAUUAAAUUCAUGGAAACACCAAUUGUCAAAGCCAACAACUGGGACCUCUCCUACAUUCUCCUGGUCUCCCUCCUGCUUUCCCUCUUGACCUCCUUUCUGUUCAUUGGCCGGCCAAGGAGAGUGACCUGCCUCCUCCGACAAACGGCCUUCAGCAUUGUCUUCUCAGUUGCCAUUUCUUCAAUCUUGGCCAAAACAAUCACAGUGGUCUUAGCCUUCGUGGCCACAAAACCAGGGAAUAAAGUGCAGAGAUGGUUGGGGAAGAGCUUGGCCAACUCCAUUGUCCUUUCUUGUUCUGGUCUCCAAGUUGUCAUCUGCAGCAUCUGGCUGGGCACUUUCCCCCCAUUCCCUGACUCUGACAUGCACUCCCAGCCUACAAAGAUUAUUCUACAAUGCAAUGAAGGCUCUGUCACCAUGUUUUAUGUUGCCCUCGGAUACAUGGGCUUCCUGUCUGCUGUCUGCUUCACGGUGGCUUUUCUGGCCAGGAAUCUCCCUGGGGCCUUCAAUGAAGCCAAACUGAUCUCCUUCAGUAUGCUGGUCUUCUGCAGUGUCUGGGGGUCCUUUGUGCCAGCCUACCUGAGCACCAAGGGGAAGUACACUGUGGCUGUGCAGGUCUUCUCCAUCUUGGCCUCCAGUGCUGGCCUGCUGGGCUGCAUUUUCAUCCCCAAGUGCUAUAUUAUUAUUUUUAGGCCAGAUCUGAACAUCAAAGAACAUUUGAUGUCAAAAUAAUAUAGAAAAAAAUGAAUUUUACAAAUUUAUUUUUCAAAAAUGACAUUUAAUAAUUUUAAUUAACACAUUUUGACCAUUUAAUAUUUGUAUAUUUAACUUAUAUGCUUCCCCUAUUGCCUAAAGAUGAUUUUAGGCAGUUUACAAUCAGUAAAAACAAGACAAAACAAUAAAACAUUCAAAGAAUAAAUAGUACCUCUAACAUUAGUUUAAAAUUGACAAAGAUAGGAAGGAAGGGAGCAAGAUGCCCAUGGGGAGGAGGUAUUCCUCUUACUUCUAAAGCUACCCACAUUUAUUUUCCUAUGUAUUCCUAAAGAAACCAGUAGCAAUACACCCAGUCUCCUUUUUAGUCACAAUACUGUUGGUAAAAUCAGCUUCCAGAUGGACGGGACAGUUUAGUAGGCAAAUGGAGACACAACAAGGAAUGCGGCCUUGCAACUCAUAGCAACCUGUGGGAAGUUUUAUCAGAAUAUUCCUGUAGCAAUCCCUGAAUAUUUCUUCUAACUAAGAAUAUUUUUCUUUGCACAUCUAUCAGAAGGGCAAGAAGUAACCUGAGAUUGAUUUUGCUAUCAUUUAUGAAUAGGUAUAUAUAUGGAUCAUUUUCUCCCUUUUUGCAUCAUUUUCCCCUCCUUUCUGAAAUGUAUAAAUAUUUUUACAAUUAUUUAAUAAACCAAUAAGCCCAACUCAUACAUAGAUCACACUGGUGGCUUACAGCUUUAAACAUAGCACACAAACUCAUAAAAACACCAUCACAUUAUGAGUGGGAUGUGAGCGUAUGACGUGAAUAUAUCUCUUUGUUUGAACGAAUUUUAUAUUAUUAUUUCAGAGAAGACUCCAUUCCCAGUACACACUGUUUAAUAAACGUUGCAGUGAGGUCUGAUUCUUUGCUUUGGGCUCUUUGUUUUGAUUCCAGAGAAACUGGUGUGAGAAGUGGGAUUCACAAUUUUUGAUCUGGGACCAGGGAUGACAACAAGACAUAUGCAUAUGUUGUAGUGAGCCUGAUCCCGUGUCCUUUCCCGCUGACAAAAAAGGGCAUAAUUAGGAAUCAGUUUAAGGGAACAGUUUGUGUCUAAAAGUUUAUUUUGCUAGCACCAUCACAUGAGCUCCAAAGUCCAUUUGGCCUAUGUCUUGGCAGUUCUUUGCCAGACCCAUUCUGGCCAUUUUCCCCUGAGUCUUCACAGCUCUUCCGGAAGCUACUGGACAGGCUGCAGGGGUUCAGGACCCCUUGAGGAAAUUCUUCUAAUCUAAAGGAGAGCUGGCGUAAUGUGAAGAAAGAACUAGCCAAGGCAACAGAGAGUCAGAAGAACAAAUGGAUAAGAAGUGAGCUCCCCAGGGAACAUUCCAUGGUGGAGAUAAAAUGUGUCUAACCACCAAGUACCUAAAGUUGAUGAUUCCCUGUAAAAACAAGGCCCUAAGUACAUAGGGUCUUCCCCAUCAUGAAAAUUAUUCACCAAGGGACUGGAGAAUUGAAACUGCCCAGAAUAAUGGGUAAAGUGCACCCGGUAUUUCACUUCAGCCUGAUGAGGCCGGCUCAGGGAUCGAAACUCAGACCAGUUGGAAAAGAAGCACUGGGUCCAAUAAGGGUGGAGGGAGAAAGACAUUACAAGGUUAAGCAAAUCAUAGACUCUAGAAUCCAUAAGGGGAAACUACAGUAUCUAGUUCAGUGAAGAGGUUAUUCAAUAGAGGAAUAAAAGCUCAUAAAAUUGGAGCAGAAGACUUAAUAAGUAGAUUCCAGCCAGAAUAUCCUCAAAAGCCAGGGAACCUUUACAUGGAUAAUUGAGAGGGGGGGAAAUGCCUUAAUACGUGUUUGUUGUUUUCCAGGUAUAUUCCAAUUUUUAGGAGCAUCUGCAUGUCAAGCCUCGAAGCACCUUUUUUCCUGCUGCAACAGAUAUUGCUUCUCAGCUUGCCAAUGAACCCAGGAGGGAGGAAGGAAUCAGAUUUGAAUGCAAACUUCAAAGAUUAAGGAAGCAGAUCAUGGGAAUCCAGGACAUUUACCAAAUGUCUGGCGAAACCCAGAGAUACUUUCUCAAAACAAUAUUGCUGCAUUUGAUUGGCCCCAUGAUCCAGAGGGAGGAGAGAAAAUACUACGCUUUCACUAUGUAGGGCUUCGAUGGGGUUUUCCCAGAGCUUCUUUUGCUUUCAUACAUGUCAAAAUGAUGUACUCAAUAAAGUUUUACAUUAAGAGAUUGGAAUGUCUCAAAGGUGUUUGUUUGGUUGGGAUCAUCAGCGCAAAUAUUGACACAGACCUUGGAGGACUUGAAAUACCGAUUCAGAAAGAAUCAUGAAGGAGAUGAGGUUGAGAACCUCCUAACUAACUUUGAAGAUACCUACCAAGCUUAAAGCAGUCCAAAGAUUCAUAUGUGUCCUCUUUUAAAGGGCUGUUGAAUCAAAACAUUGGAUAACCUAUGUGCUUAGGAAAAGGAGGGCUAGCAACAAUUUAAAAACACAAAUAUUAAUUAUUAAUUUGUUUUAUUAUUUGAUGAUUAUGUUGGAUUUUAAUUUUAUUAAUCUAAUUCUUUAUUUCAUUGGAUUUUAAAUAACCAUAAUAGUCAAACAGGCAAACUAAGCAUAUAAACCAAGAACAAUUGCAAUCAAUAAUUAAAUUUCAAGAACCCAAGAACCAAUUACAUUAUCAGUUCCCUACUUUUAUCAUUAGAUCAUCCUUAGUAUUAAGAUCUGGUCUCAGGAUGAUAAUGUAGCACUUGGGGAAGAAGAUACAGCCCAAGAGUCCACCACCGGAGGCCAAGAUGGAGAAAACCUGCAUGGCCACCAUGUAUUUUCCUUUGGUGCUCAGGUAGGUGGGGAGGAAGGAGACCCAGACACUGCAGAAGACCAGCAUGCUGAAGGUGAUCAG